AUGGAGAACUCUCCGCCAGAUCCUCCGGCCGGACUCGAGGACAUCCCAGCUACCACGCAGCCAGCCUCUGUCCCCGGCUCUCCUCAAGAGGUGACCGCAAUAGGUCAGUGCAAAUUGCCACCUUUCUGGCGAACAAGCCCGGAACUCUGGUUCUUCCAGGUGGAAAGCCAGUUCCAGGUACACCACGUUCGGAGCGAUAUUACAAAAUAUCACCUGGUCGUAGCCACCCUAGACCACGAUACUAUAUCAGACGUCUCUGAUAUAAUCAGAACCCCACCACUUGUUGACAGAUACACAGCCCUCAAAGGAGCAAUCCUAGCUCGUCUGACUGACUCUCCCGAUGCGCAACUCCACAAGCUCCUCACUGGCGUGGAGCUUGGAGACAAAAGACCAUCACAACUACUCCGCCACAUGCGUUCUUUGGCCGGAACCCGUGUCAGUGACGACGUGUUGAGAGACAAACAUUGGAGGAGUUUCGCUGCAGUGGCUGACGAAGCUCACGACAUGGGACCUUCCGUCAUGGCCACAUCCCACCGGAACAACAAUCCGUCCACAACAGCACCAAGCAACAUAGUGCCAGUUCAAACAGAAGACAGGAUCGCCCAAGAGCUGUCUGCACUACGCUUAGCUAACAACCAGCUGACCACGCUCACCCGCAACGCUGCACAAGGCUCAUCAGAGGACAACCCUCAUAGGGGACGGUCCAGCAAUCGCCAGCAACAGCAGCACAACAGGGAACGCUCAGCUACACCUGGUCCCAACUCCAACACAGGCCACUGUUGGUACCAUACCAAGUUUGGUACUCUCGCCGUGCGGUGCAGGAAGCCUUGCACCUUCGAGGCACAACCUGCAUCCGCGCAGGGAAACUGA